CCAUGGCAGCGAGGAGGGGUGGAGCUAAGAAUGAGUCCCGGCCGGCGCCUGCUUGAGCGCGACGCAUGCGCAGGAAUCCCGCCCGCAAAGCCGGCCCGGUCUGUGCGCAGGUGACGCUGCCGCUGCCGCGAGAAGGGAGGCGGGGAGGACGGAGCCUGCCUGCCUGCCUGCCUGCCUGCCAGCCAGCCGCCGUUGCCGCGCCGGCAGCGCCGUGAGUGCUGAAGUUGGGGCAUGGCGGUCAAUGUGUAUUCCACAUCUGUGACUAGCGAGAAUCUGAGUCGUCAUGACAUGCUAGCUUGGGUCAACGACUCCCUCCAGCUCAGCUACACCAAGAUCGAGCAGCUGUGCUCAGGCGCUGCCUAUUGCCAGUUCAUGGACAUGUUGUUCCCCGGCUGCAUCCACUUGCGGAAGGUGAAGUUCCAGGCCAAGUUGGAACAUGAGUACAUCCACAACUUCAAGGUGCUACAGGCUGCCUUCAAGAAGAUGGGCGUGGACAAGAUCAUCCCAGUGGAGAGGUUGGUGAAGGGGAAGUUCCAGGACAACUUUGAGUUCAUUCAGUGGUUUAAGAAAUUCUUUGACGCGAACUACGAUGGGAAAGAGUACAACCCGCUGCUGGCGAGGCAAGGCCAGGAUGUGGCACCCCCACCAAACCCAGGUGAUCAGAUCUUCAACAAACCCAAGAAAGCCAUUGGCACUGCAGUCCCACAGCGAACCUCCCCCACAGGCCCCAAGAACUUGCAGAAUCCAACCCGAAUGAAUGUCGCUCCCAGCAAUAUUGUACGGAAAAAUCCUCCUUCAGCCCGGAAUGGGGGCAGUGAAGCUGAUGCCCAGAUCCUGGAGCUGAACCAGCAGUUGAUGGACCUGAAGCUGACGGUGGAUGGUCUAGAGAAGGAGCGUGACUUCUACUUCAGCAAACUGCGGGACAUUGAGCUCAUCUGCCAGGAGCACGAGAGUGAGAACAGCCCCAUCAUCUCAGGCAUCAUAGGCAUCCUGUAUGCCACAGAGGAAGGCUUUGCCCCACCAGAGGACGACGAGCUGGAUGAGCAGCAUCCGGAGGACCAGGACGAAUACUAGCUGUGCACAGGCACACUUGCUCGCUGUCCCACCAUGACAGAUCGCCCCGCGCUCCUCACUGACCAUGGACAUUUAAGGUUUUGCAUUGUACAGCCUCGUCCUGCACAGUCACACAUUAUAACAGGUUUCUACCGACACGAGAGGCCCGCGGUGGUUUCUGUAUGUUCCGCUGAUCCCGUGGGACUCCCACGACUACAUGGUAAAUAAGCAUCGAUAGAGAGAGGAGAUUAGCGCUGUAAAUAGGCCUGUUGUGGGGCAGGAGGCUUGGUUCGGUGCCCCAAGCGCCUUUUCCCAAUCCCCGCCCUGCCUCAUCCCACCCCAUCUUCCUUAUUUAUUGAUUUUUCAGUUGUCUAGGGUGUGAGCGCUCCCAAACCCUUGUAUUAUAUUGAGAGACAAAUUCUUUGUAUAUUUUUCCGUACUGGAUUUCACUUGCACUUUGCCUGUUGUGUUCAUGCUGAGCCACGCUCCGCUUGCCUCUCCUGGCUUCAGAGGGCUUGGGAACGUGUGAGCCUGGAGACCAAGCCCAGCACUGGAGGCUUGCUAAUUUGAGGGGGGGAGGGGUUGGACUUGGAAUAUUUAUUUAUUGGGGGUAUUUUAAUGACGCUGCUGAGAGUGUGGGUUUUCCACAUGCUCUAUCUCACAUAUCGAGUGGGUUUGAGAGGAGGAGAACUUAGCAGUGGGUGGCCUUGUUCUGUCAGAGCUUUAUGGGGGAACCUGGGAACAUGGCAGCCUUGCAGUUGGUAGGAAAAGGGUGGGUGGAAGCCCCCCCAAGAAUGAUCUGUUCCUCACAAACAUCUCCUUGAUUUGAGUUCCGUCAUAGGGAGGAGGGGCUUGGGCCUCUCCCCCUGGCCCACCAAAGUUUUGUUCAUGCCGUUUUGACAAGAUUGCCACACAGGCUUUGCUUGGCCCUGUUCCUUGUUUUGCAUUGCCUGUUUAACCACAGACACUGGUGUGCAAAGCCUGCAUCUGUGUUGCGUUUUAUUUAAAAUAAACUUGUGUGGUUAAAAACCUGUA